AUGGAGGAAUCAUACAAAGACAGGACUUCAUUAGUGAAAGGGGCAAAAGAUAUUGCCAAAGAGGUAAAGAGACAAGCUGUGAAAAAAGUGAAUAAAGCUGUUGACAAAGCUCAGGAUGGCUACACACAGAGGUCCUACAGUCGAUUCCAGGACGAGGAAGAUGAUGAUGAUUACUACGUCCAAGGAGGAAAUUAUGGUGUGGAAGCUAAUGAUGAUGAAGGAUCAAGUGAAGCAACUGAAGGGCACGAUGAAGAUGAUGAAAUUUAUGAAGGGGAGUAUCAGGGAAUCCCCAACAUGGGGCAGGGCAAAGAUGGCAUGGUGGCCUUAGGGCAACCUGUGCGUGAUGAGUAUAAAGAUCGUCAUGAACUGGAAACAGAAAGGAAAGCUGAUGAAGAAGAAUUAGCACAGCAGUACGAACUGAUAAUACAAGAAUGUGGCCAUGGUCGAUUCCAGUGGGCCCUGUUUUUUGUUUUGGGAAUGGCUCUAAUGGCUGAUGGAGUAGAAGUUUUUGUGGUUGGAUUUGUGUUGCCCAGUGCUGAGACAGAUAUGUGUAUACCCAAUUCUGGAUCAGGAUGGCUUGGUAGCAUAGUGUACCUUGGGAUGAUGGUGGGGGCAUUCUUCUGGGGAGGCUUGGCAGACAAGGUGGGAAGGAGACAGUCACUCCUGAUAUGCAUGUCUAUCAAUGGAUUCUUUGCCUUCCUUUCAUCAUUUGUCCAGGGCUAUGGCUUCUUCCUCUUCUGUCGUUUGUUUUCUGGAUUUGGGAUUGGUGGAGCUGUGCCAACAGUCUUCUCCUAUUUUUCGGAAGUGCUUGCUCGGGAGAAACGAGGAGAACACCUGAGUUGGCUCUGUAUGUUUUGGAUGAUUGGUGGUAUCUAUGCUUCUGCAAUGGCUUGGGCAAUCAUUCCUCAUUAUGGAUGGAGUUUCAGCAUGGGAUCUGCUUAUCAGUUUCACAGUUGGAGAGUAUUUGUGAUCGUCUGUGCAUUGCCCUGUGUCUCUUCUGUGGUAGCCCUCACCUUUAUGCCAGAAAGUCCACGGUUCUUGCUGGAGAUUGGAAAACACGAUGAAGCUUGGAUGAUACUCAAGCAAAUUCACGACACAAACAUGCGAGCUCGUGGUCAGCCUGAGAAAGUCUUCACAGUUAACCGAAUUAAAACUCCGAAGCAGAUAGAUGAGCUCAUAGAAAUAGAGAGUGAUACAGGAACUUGGUACAGGAGGUGUUUUGUUAGAAUUCGCACAGAGCUAUAUGGUAUUUGGUUGACUUUCAUGAGAUGCUUCAACUACCCGGUAAAGGACAAUACAGUCAAGCUCACAAUUGUGUGGUUCACCCUGUCCUUUGGCUACAAUGGCUUAUCUGUCUGGUUUCCUGAUGUCAUUAAACACCUUCAAUCAGAUGAGUAUGCAUCCCGAGUGAAACUUUUCCGCAACGAGGAGGUUUCAAAUUUUGUCUUCAACUUUACACUGGAAAAUCAAAUUCAUAGCAGCGGAGAAUACAUCAAUGACAGGUUUGUCAUGAUGAAGUUUAAAUCAGUAACCUUUGAAGAUUCACUUUUUAAGAACUGUGUGUUUGAAGACAUAACUUCCCUGAAUACAUACUUCAGGAACUGCACUUUUGUGAAUACCACCUUCUACAACACAGAUCUCGAGCAAUAUAAAUUUGUUGACAGUGAUUUUAUAAAUUGCACAUUUUUUCACAUCAGGACAGGAUGCCAGAUUUCCUUUGAUGAUGACUAUAGUGCCUACUGGAUUUAUUUUGUUAAUUUUCUGGGAACGUUGGCAGUGUUACCGGGGAACAUUGUUUCUGCUCUUCUGAUGGAUAGAAUUGGACGUUUAACAAUGCUAGGUGGUUCCAUGGUUCUCUCUGGCAUAAGCUGUUUCUUUCUGUGGUUUGGGACCAGUGAAUCCAUGAUGAUAGGUAUGUUGUGCCUCUAUAAUGGCCUCACCAUCUCAGCCUGGAACUCUCUUGAUGUCAUUACUGUAGAGCUGUAUCCUACAGACAGAAGGGCAACCGGCUUUGGCUUUUUGAAUGCACUAUGCAAAGCAGCGGCUGUACUUGGAAACUUGAUAUUUGGUUCCCUUGUUGGUAUCACCAAAGCAAUCCCUAUUCUCCUUGCUUCUACUGUUCUAGUAUGUGGAGGUCUGGUAGGACUUCGACUUCCUGACACAAGAACCCAGGUGUUAAUGUAA